GGUAGAUCUUUGGUCUGACUCUGUGCACGGAUGCGCACCGACCUCGGAGUCUCCAGACGCGCAGCGGAGGAUUUUGCGCACUGAAAUAAAGUAGGCUAGAGCUGAAGAGAGCGGACUGCUGUCUGACUGACUGCAGUCCUGUCACUGGGGUCCGGGCUCACUUGGCUAUACUUUUCCCUGCGCAUCGUCAUUCUAUUGAUACCAUUGCUUGGGAAGUAUAGGGAGGGGAAUACUAGUCUUCAGUUUAUUUCGGUUUGGCUUGAUUCGCAACUUAGAGGACUGUUAUUUCAACUGAGCCACUGUAGCCGUUUCACAUUGUUUGUAGAGACAUCCAAGUGUCCCAGCUGCUCAGGGAAAAUUCACUCAACAUCCUGAGAAGCGGAGACGUUUGAGAGGAUUUUAGGACUCAUACCCGAGAGUGGAUUGAACAAGGAUGAUUGCAACCGCCUUACUCAACUAAGUGAGGUAUUACAUAAAAAAAAACUGUGAUCACAGCAAUGCUUCAAAGACAUGUGCGUCUGUCCCUCUCCAAAUCUUCCAGAGAGGAUUUAAGCGCCGCUCAUUUUGAAUAAGUCCAGAAGUCAUUGAAGAUGAGAGCUCUGCAAACAUACCUGUUUCUUUUCCUCCUGCACCAGGUCACAUGCAGGAAAGCGCAUGGAGGAGCCACAGAGCUCAUUGAGUGGGGCGAUAACGAACAGAAGAUUUCUCCCACGGGGGCCAGUCCACGGAUCCUCAACCCCCUGCGUUUGUUUGCCAAGGGCUCCCCCGGGUUCAAGAGCAACAUGAGGGAAAUUACAUAUUUACAGAACAUGGAGGACUUCUGGGACUGGUUAUCUAACCAGACAGAUGUUCAGGGCGCACAGGCCAGAACUAAACGCAGGCCCAUCGUUAAGACUGGCAAGUUCAAAAAGAUGUUUGGGUGGGGAGACUUCCACUCCAACAUCAAGACUGUGAAACUCAACCUGCUGAUCACGGGGAAGAUUGUGGACCACGGGAACGGCACUUUUAGCGUUUACUUCCGCCACAACUCCACGGGCCUGGGGAACGUGUCGGUCAGCCUGGUGCCGCCCUCAAAGGUAGUGGAGUUCGAAAUCGCCCAGCAGUCCACGCUGGAGACCAAAGACACCAAAUCAUUCAACUGUCGCAUUGAGUAUGAGAAGACUGACCGCAACAAGAAGACUGCCCUGUGCAGCUAUGACCCGUCCACGGUGUGCUAUCAGGAGCAAACGCAGAGCCAUGUGUCCUGGCUGUGCUCGAAACCCUUCAAAGUCAUAUGCAUCUAUAUAGCCUUUUACAGUGUUGACUAUAAACUGGUGCAGAAGGUAUGCCCUGACUACAACUACCAUAGUGACACGCCCUACUCCUCCACAGGAUGAUCUAGCUGUUGUUAGUAUGCAUCAUCCUUUUGUCUGAUCUCAAAUAAUGUAAACGUCGACCUCUAAGCUCCUUGUCCCGAAAUACCUAAAUACAUGAAACGCGUUGCAGGAAGUGCAACUUAUAAUGGGACAUAUGCAUUGUUUAAAAAAAAAUAAAAAAUACUUUUGUGUAUACAGAUCUAACACUUGAGAAAGUUAGGUAUCCAGGGACUUGGUUUUAGGGGUUGACUUGG